AUGAAGAAGCCGCCCACAACGGAAGAAACGGCCCACCGACGACGGCACGUCCAGCGGCAGCGAGCGCCGAACGCACCGCAGAGGCCCGCGGGGAAGACAGCCAAACCAAACGGUCACCCACCGGAGAAGCGCGACAGAGGGCCAACGGGGGGGGAGGAGCAAAGACGCCACCUCACCAACCAACCAGCGCAACAGCGCCAGGGCGCCGCCCAAGCGCGCCGGAGGGAGGAGCGCAGCGGCAGCGCAGAGGGCAAGGCCAGGCCCGCGGGGAACGGGGCAGCGGAACCGCGGCAGGCCCGGGCAGGCACAGACGAGGGCAGGGCCGAGGGCAGGCAGGCGGCCGGGGAGGCAAGGCACGAAAAAGCAGCAGGGACACCGCAAGGACAAGGAAGAGGCAGCGAAGGGGAGAGGACGACAAGGAAACAGGAGGAGAGGCGGAUGGAGAGCGACAGGAGGGAGCAGGAGUCAGAGAGUCGAGGGACAACGACGGUGAGGGGGGACGUGGAAGCGGGGAGGCGAGGGGCGCGGGGAAAGAGGCCGAGCGACGAGCGAGGACAGGGAAGGGACAGGAAAGGCGGAGUGGGACCGGGGACCGUCGGGGACCGGGGACAGGAGACCCCAGAUCCAAAACAAGAACGCCAGAAGGCGACGCCCGGCCCUCGAAACCGCCGAAAAAAAGCCGAGGGCACGGACACGCGAGGGCAGGCGAGAGCACCAAAGGGGAAAGGGCACCAAAGCGAACGAAGGAACGCGGCGCCGCCAGCGGAAGGCAAGAACAGCCCGCAACGUGACCCGGUCUUGGCCGCUGGCAACAGUGGCCAUGCCAGCUCUGCGGCCGACUCGCCAUUCGGUCAGCUAGAGCACAAGCUUACGAUUAACCAGUUUGUGAAGCCCGUCGAUCUAGCAAACCGUAAGCGCCUCGAAUUACCAGUCAGACCAUACGGUUCACCGAUGGCGGUCCAAAUCGAUCCGAACACGCGUGGUCAGAACUUCUGGUAG